AUGGACAACCUGCCCCUCGUCUUCUUUUCCCCUCCCUUCUCUGCCAUCCCCGGGGUCUCUGGGCCAGACUUGUUAUUUAUGCGGUUCUGCCCCAGCGCAUCAACCGCCGAUAGCCCUGGUCCAUCCCUUGCCUUCCAAUCUUUCGACCACGUCGAAUCUGCCGUUGAGCAGCCCCAACAUGCGGUAAAGAAGAAGCAGCCAGCAGGUCAGGCCGAUUUCCACAACGACUCGGUACACAACGACUCGGUAGUUCUUUGGUUCUUGGUGUCUAGCGAGAAGGCAAUCUCUCCCUCUUGUCGUCUUUUUCUGGUCGCGUACAUAGCCUAUUCGCCAGAUGGGCCUCUCGUCACAGUAACGGCAAAAAAUGGGGACCAUGAUCGCAGUCGAUCUGGUUCGAGGAAACGUCAGCCACACCCAAAAGCACUCAACGCACAGGGUCCAGCCUCUUUUGCUCUCUGUGACGACGGGUGCAAAGGUAGGGAGCAUCCGUAUCGGACGUCGAUCGUUUACCGGAUGCCGGGCGUGGUGCCCGCUUUGUCACUGGAUUAG